CUGCAUUUCAGCUAGUUUAAUUCAGCCGGCUGUGUUCCAAACGCAUUAAAUGGUGAACUGCUGCGUUCACUUACAGGCAGAGUUUCCCAUCAGCUCGUUAUAACGCGUCGCAGCUGCGGAUCUAAAACACGUGGCGUUACUGAGCGGUAAAAUGUAGAGUAACAAACAGAUGUAGCUCGAAAUCUCAGCAGUUUUCCCCUCACAUUCACUGCGAGCUCAGUGGAUGUACCAGAAAGACCUUUCUGACCCAGUCAUGACCUUUUGUUUACUUUCUCCCCGUCAGCUGAAACAGAAUAGCAUAACUCAGGCAGUCAGCAGAGACAGAGGCUAAAACAUGUCUGCAGUAAAGAUGGAAGAUUCAGCCAGUGGCGUGAGUGUGGUGAAUAGUGGAGGACCUGUGUACGAGGAUAAAGAAGAUAACGACAAUGCCAGACCUGAAGAUCUCUCUGAGCUGCUAGCUGCAGGAACCAAAUUAGUUCAUGAGCAAGCUGAGAAUACGCAAUUUGUCAAAGAUUUCCUUCGUGGAAAGAUACGCAAAGAACUCUUUAAGCUCGGAGCCGUGGCACUCUACUACACCUAUUCAGCCAUGGAGGAAGAGAUUGAGAAAAACAAGGAUCAUCCACAUUUUGCACCUCUUUACUUCCCCAAUGAGCUUCACCGGCAGGAGGCCCUGGCUCAGGAUCUCGAGUACUUCUAUGGCGAGGACUGGCAGAGUCAGAUCAGCUGCUCUCCUGCCACUCAGUGCUACAUAGAGCGCAUUCAUGAAAUCGGUCGUGAAGAUCCUGUGCUGCUGGUGGCUCAUGCAUACACGCGCUACAUGGGUGACCUCUCAGGGGGUCAGGUGUUGAAGAAAGUGGCCCAGCGUGCCCUCAAGCUGCCCCCUACAGGAGAGGGAGUCUUCUUCUAUCAGUUCGACAGCAUCCACAGCAACAAAGCAUUUAAGCAGCUGUACCGCAGCCGAAUGAACGAGCUGGAACUCGAUGCCAACACCAAGGACAGGCUUGUUCAGGAGGCUGUGAGGGCUUUCCAGUUCAAUAUGGAGGUUUUCAAAGAACUGGAGGAAAUGGGGAAGACGAUUCAGGAAGACGUUCUGGAUGGAGGACCCAUCCACGGCCACAUGGAAGGAGACAUCAGCAAAUGUCCAUACUACGCCGCCAAAAUGGCUGCCAGUGGAGGAUCAGCAUAUAUUUAUCAGAUGGCUGCAGCAGUCCUCAGAAACCCCACAGGCCAGGUGCUGUUAGCUGCGUGGAUCGCCGCUCUUGCUGGAUUGGGUGCCUGGUACCUCAUAUGAUUCCUUCAUGGCCAUGGAAUUGUAAAAUUGAAAAUUUAUGCUGGCGGAGUUCCUUCCCCUUACCAAAAUCCUAAUCAAUAGCUAAAUACUAAAGCUGAUUUUGAAAGAGGAACUUCCACCACCAACCUCACAAGAGGGGUCUAAUAGACAUGUACAGUACACAUUCUUUAAGUUCUUCUUCUACCUGGGAAACAAUGAGUCCCACUCACAUUUCUGUUACUAAUUGAGAAAUAUGUUCACAUGAAUCUGUGCUGCAAAGUGAAAUGCAAAUAGAGCCAGUUGAGCUCACAAGCUUACAUACACAUUGUAGAAUUUGCAAAAUGUUAAUUCUGGGUAACGUAAAUAUCUUAUGUAAUAUUUGAAGGGCAUAACUGAAUGGAAAAAAUAAAACAUAAAAAUAUGAUUAUUCUAUUUAAAAGUUUACACCCCCUUGUUCUUGUUGGUGCCUUUAUCAUCAGUAAGUAUCUACACCUUUGUAAUAGUUUGAGUACCUCAGUUGUUCUCAGAGUAAAAGAGUAAAAGAUCCCAGAUAUGUAGAAGAUACAGGAAAAGGAAAGAAUUUUGCUGGACCUGGAUGGUAUUUCUGAAGAACAGGGGGCUGUUUAACUGCUCAGGAUAAACACGGCACUCAUGAAGAACUCACAAAAAAAGAGUCCCUGAUCAUGCAGGAAACAACACAGUGUUAAGAAUAAAGCAGAUGCGAUCUGCUUUAUUCAGUUAGUAUUGUGCUUUGCAACACAUUUAUUUGAAUUAUUAACAUUUUGCAGAUUCUGGAAGACGUAUGUAAAUUUAAAACCUUAACUGUAUCUAUUUUAUACUGUAUUAAUACAAUUAUAAUAGCUGUUUUGUGAUGUUGUAAUUUCAGUUCAGAAUAUAAAAUUUUGAAGAACAUUUAUGCACUGGCCCAAAUGGCAUACUUGUGCUCGUUGCUUCUGCAUGCCUGACUGAGCUUUGUGAGGCUUUAGAUUGCACUGUACUUUUAUUGGAAGGCUUCAGAAGGCGACUCACGAGUGUUCUAUGUACAUUUCGCUGGUCGACUUACACACUGUAAUCCUAACACUUAACCACUCCUAGCUAGCAUCGGCUACAUAGUCUUGCCUGCUCUGUAUAUUUGACGUUGGUAUCAGUCUGGCAAAGCUUUGCAGGAGAAUAAAAGUGAACAGGAGCCCUUUAUGCGCCUUGCUGUGUGCAUCCACCUUUAAUGCUGGACCACACAAAUCGUACUGGUCAAUAUCUUAGUAGUAGGUGUGUUGUUGUUUUUUAGUUAUUUUGCAGCAUUGGAAUAUUAUCAGUGAAUGAUUUGAUUCAGUCAUUUGGUAAAUCUGCAGUGAAACACUAGCAUACAGAAAAAUCACAUGUAAAAUAUAUACUGGUGGUUGAGGGGAAAAAACCCCAACAAAACCAGAAAAAGUAAUAAGUGUGAAAGCACAUUUGCUGCACUCUGACCCACAAGCAAGCAAUGAUCUCCUACACACAACUCCCUGCAGUUACACACAAGCACAGAGAAAGGAUAGGAAGCAAUGAUGAGAGAUGAGAAAUGGGUGAGAAUUUAAAACUAAAAUGUAGAGGUCUAAAGUAGACUUUAUGAUUUCUAGCUAAACACCAGUCCUGUGUGUGAAUGGGAUUAAAGACGUUUGAUCUAUAACCAUUACACAAGACUUUACUCAAGGCUCCUACAUGGAGCUCUGUAUGAGGUCCUUAGGGAUUAGUACACCAUUUAGGACAGGGCUUGUUCUAUUCAGUAUUGCUGCUACUACCACCAAAUCAGAUCUUGAUGCAGUAGGCAGGGGUUUUGAGAGAUUAAUAUAUACACAAGUGUCAUGUUAUUACUUUUUGCAACAAUCUGGUGCCACACAGUGUUUACACGAAUGUGAUGUGAUUAGAUUUUGAGAAGAAUUGAAAUAAAAGAGCAGUAUAGAAAAAAAAAGUACACAAGUAUUUGUAAAAGGCUUUUUCUUCCUAACCUGAUAACGUAGGAGAUACAAUCUUCUCCGAUGUACCUAAUUUAUCAGUGGCAGGUGUUAAGUGUUAUAUAAUACACCAUAUAUUACCACUAAAAUCUCUUUAAAAUGGUUUUACUGAUAGGUUGAUGGUUUGUGCUAUUUUCCUUCAACUAACAAUGAGUAAAUAAAUAAGCUUGCGGUUUGCCUUAACAUUUUUCAGCUUGCAUUAACAUUUGGCAUUUACCAACACACAAGCUCAGUGCUAAGCAAUGUAAGGAAAAGAAGCUUAAAUGUGCUUAUUAAGCUCCUACACAACAUUUGUGAAAAUGUGAAUCGAUUUAGAGAAUAAUAAAAAUCAGGGUCAGGUUGUAAGUGAGGAGUAUAGGAAUAUUUGCACAAAGCAGUUUGUUGAUAGUUUGGGUACUGCAGCUAUUUCAGACCACUUGCUUUUAGGUAUCUCAAUGUUUAAAAAAGGGAUCCUGUACACAAACUGUUUAUAUAGUUUGGGUUCAUCUCCUAAUAAAUAUAUUAAAGUAAAAAUUUGCUUUUGUUUUAUUGAGAGUAAAAUUGUCACCAAAUAGUGAAUAAGUGGCUCUUCUUUCCUGGACCCAAAGAACAUGUUCCUGUCAUUUAUGUGCUAUCUACUAGAAUGGAAUAGUAUUUAAAUUAGUAUACCAAAUUCACUUCAAUAACAGGCUGCAUAUGCUGAGGAUUUUCCCCCAGAAAAGGCUUUGCAUAGCAGCUGGUGUUUGAGAAAUGAACAGCGAAUAUUAUGUAAAGGUUGAUGUGUAUUUUAACAGAUGCCACCAAGAAGCUGACCAAACUUAAGAUAAAACAUUGAUAGUUUAAUACACACAGUUUGUAAUACCAAAAUGAGAGUGCACAUUCAAAUGGAUUUAUUCAUUCAUUGUUGCUUAUUGCACCUUUAAAUGGGAACCAUUCUAUAGUGAAGCAGAUUACCAGUACAAUUCUCUUAGGAUUAGUAUCUGUUUUUGUUUAGAGUUCUCUGUCUGUCUGCACAAAUGAAUUCUUUGUACCUUCCCACUAUGUGACAAAUAUUUUGGACUAAUAAACACUUAAUCCAACACA